CAACAAUAUAAUACUAAUACUAAUAAUAAUAAUGGGUGAACGCUGCACGGACGAGACGAGACGAGAACAACGCGGGGUCGGAUGGUGGGGCAGCAGAUACGAGUCCCGCAUGCCAACUCGCCAAGCAGCACUCUCCUCUCGCUGUCUUUUCGCUGGUUGUCAGUUGGUCAAUAAUAAUAAUAAUAAUAAUAAUAAUAAUGACAUGUUUCCCCCCGCCAGGGCUUUUUAUGCCGAGCAGGCCAGAAUCUGGGGGCUGGCUUCCUAUCCAUGA